CUAAUUCGGGCGCAAUGCGGUCGCCAAUUCCGACCUUUUCUCCUCUAGGGUUGCCGGCCAUCCCCAGCGAAAUGGGGAUCUUUUCUGCCGAUACCCCCAAAUCAGCCCCCAAAUUAGCAUUUAUUCUGCACGGGAGAAAUUUCGCUGUCGAUUUCGUUACCAUCCAGUAGCAGGAACGGCAAACAUUGCUGGGGGGGAAAAAGGAUGGCAGCGGGGAGAUUUCGCCGGCUCGUGAUUUCGUACCAAUUUGGCUCCACCCCCCAGCCGGCAAUGUGGGGGCUGCGGAUCCGUUUCAAACAGCCGGAGAUCGCUUUCCAGCCUUUCCUUUUAGCCGGUGAUAGCGGUAGUACCCUACCCUCGACCACUCACACCAUCCGUAUGGUUGGUGGGUGCCAUUCUUUGUUUCUUUCACGCAAAUCCACACCAAUUGCAGCGCCUACCUUUCCACGCAUGCUUCGUUUUCAAACGAAAGAUUUCUUUUUACUCUCCCUCUCUCUCUCUCUCUCUCGGAGGAGGAGAGAAAGGAACCUUGGAGACAAGACAAGAUAAUGCCACCACCCAUGAUGGAGUUACUCUGCUUUGGCGGCCUUUGGGGGUAGAUUAGCUUGGAGCCCUGGGUCAUGGUGACCACGUAGUGGUGGUAGCAGCAGCAGUAGAAUAUCCAAUUGGACCACCCACCUACAUGGGGUCUGGUGUUCGUGCCAUCUUGGACUAUGUGCCCACGGUGUUUGACAACUUCAGUGCUAAUGUUGUGGUUGAUGGCAACACUGUCAACCUUGGGCUAUGGGAUACUGCAGGUCAGGAAGACUACAACAGACUGAGACCGCUGAGUUAUCGUGGAGCUGAUGUCUUCCUUCUGGCCUUCUCGCUUAUCAGCAAGGCUAGCUAUGAGAAUGUUUCAAAGAAGUGGAUACCUGAACUGAAGCAUUAUGCACCAGGUGUGCCUAUUAUCCUCGUGGGAACAAAGCUUGAUCUUCGAGAUGACAAGCAGUUCUUUGUGGACCAUCCUGGUGCUGUUCCUAUCACUACUGCUCAGGGGGAGGAACUAAAAAAGUUAAUAGGCGCACCCUACUACAUCGAAUGCAGCUCGAAGACCCAACUAAAUGUCAAGGGUGUAUUUGAUGCGGCAAUAAAGGUGGUACUGCAGCCACCAAAGGCAAAGAAGAAGAAAAAGGCGCAGAGGGGGGCUUGCUCCAUCUUGUGAUCUAAUCAAUCGGUAGACAAAGAACAAGGGCGAAGUUGCCGCCAUGCUAUAUUAUUGUUACGUCUUGCUUCAGCGGAGCUGCACUCUCAUGGUCGUCCUCCCUCCCCUCACCCCCACCCCACCCUAGGUUACCCACCGGCAGCUGCAGCAAGGUCUCUUUGUCGAGGCAUCGGGCGAUCCAUUUGUUUGAUUUCUCUUCUUCCUGCCUUGUGAUUAUCUCGUGUGACUGACAAGUCGUGGCAAUUUAGGUAACUUGCUUAGUAGACGGUAUUUCCCGUGUUUGAGACCCCGUAAAAAAAAAGUAUCUCGUUGUUAUCUCGGUUCCAUAAGUAGAGACAUGAUGUAAUCGCACUCAGUUUAUUUUAUUUUUGCUUGUUAUUUUCACUUCAAUGGAAAAUUAUGUUUCCUUUCU